AUGUCGGGUACAAAUUACCAAAGGGAUGGCAGUGGAUAUGAAGAUGAAUGGCCAGUACACCAGUCGGAAUUAGAAUCUGAUAUUUUACAAUUUAACAAUAUUAGUCGAAAUAGUCUGAAUAUUAAUAACUCUUCUACAUUGUCACAUCAAAUUCCGUCAAGAACUUCCUCAUCUAAAACAAAUUUACUUAAGAAGAUAGGACUUUGGAAGUUUUUCGAAGCCGAUGAUUCAUCAGUUACCACUUCUUUUCUAGAAAAUGACUACGUUAAAGUGGUUUUUCACGUCCAUCUCCCACCAAAACUUGAGAAUAUCUCUCGAGAUUUUACUUUAGUAGAUAAAGCAACUCCUUGCGUAAUUGGUAAUAUUGACGAACUUGGUAACUGGGAAAAAGAGUUGGUUCCACUUAAGCAACCUUAUUAUAAACCACUCAGAGGAUUGUAUGGGGAUAAAAACAGUACUUAUUGGGUGUCUGAACCCGUUAUGAUUCCAAUAAGUAAGUUUAAUGAAGGUGAGAUUAGAUAUAAGUAUGCCGUGCAAGUUGUUGAGAAAAUAGAUAAAAAAAGUAUUAAAGCUGAAGAAAAGAAGAUUAAAGAAGCUGAAAAGAAAGCUGAAAAAGAUAGAAAGGAAGCUGAGAAAAAGGCUGAAAAGGAGAGGAAGGAAGAAGAAAAGAGAUCAAAAAAAGCUGAAAAAGAAAGAAAAGACGCCGAAAAGAAAGCUGGAAAGUAUAAGAAAAUUGAUGAUAUUAUUCAAGAUAACGAAAAUAAUAGAGAUAACGAUGGUAGUCCCGUGAGGGAAGAGGAUGUCAGUGAUGAAAAACCUGGUGAUACAAAAAAUGACGACGAUGAUAAAGAUGAAGAUGUGGUCAAGAAAGACAAGAAGGAUGAUGAUGAUAAGGAUGAUAAUAGUGAUGAUAAUAAGGAUGAUAAUCAAGAGGAUAAUAAGGAGGAUAAUAAGGAUGAUACUAAGGAUGAUAAUAGGGAUGACAAUAAGGAUGAUAAAAAGGAUUAUGAUGACUCCAAGAGAUCCGAAGAAACAGAGAUUUUUUGGUUUCAUGAAAUUAUCCAUGAUGCCCUAGAUUAUCGUACAUUAAAUGUAAAAGGUGAAUCAACUAAUCAGUUUGAUAUAGUGAGCCAAAUAAACAUUGAUAAUCAUUCAUAUUAUAAACGUGUUUAUGAUUACGAAUUCUUUAAAAUAAUCUGGAAAUCGCUUACUCCUGAGAAUGCUAAAAUAAAACUUAAGGAAUAUCUAGAUAUUUUGGAACGGUUUCCAGAUGAGACUCUAUCAGCGGUUGAUGUAAGCUUUAUUGAGGAUGCACUUAAAAGUACAAGCGAUAAAGAAAAACGUCUAUUUUUAAGUAUUGUACUAGGAUAUUACAUUAUUACACGUUCUAACACAUUUGGGAACUAUAAUUUGCUCGGAAAAAAAUUUCCUUCUCAAAAUGUAUUUGAAUGUAUUGAAAAAUUUCGACCUGAAGACUGGUUACCUAACACUACAGAAAUACUCUUAACAACUCUUCGUGCAUCAAUUGUACGUGAUGUACAAUAUGAUGAUCAUUUUUGGGUGAAAGCUAUGUUUACGUUUGCGCAUUCUUUAGACCCUGAAUAUAGCUUCUUGGAUUGU